AUGAAUGAAAAUUUAGGUUAAGAAUAGAUACUAAAUAGUCCAUAAAAUUUAGAGUUGAAUAAUAAUUAAGAGGGCAGCUAGAAAAAUGAGUUUCUGGAGUAAAUACUAAAAGCUAAAGUGAAUGAAGAUUUGAUAUAAUGCCUGAUUAUUUAGUUGAAUCAAGCAAAAAUGCAUUGUUCUGAGUUAAUCAAAGAAAAUAGCAAAAAUGAAGAAACACACUUAAAGAAUAUAAUGCAAAUAAUUGAAAAUUCAUUAGAAAGAAUCAAAACUUCUAAAAAUAAUUUAGAAAAUGAUAUUAGCAGUAAUUCGGUUUCUUAAGAAUCCUAUUUUAAUCAAGGGACCUCAAUAUCUAAUUAAGACAAUUUUUUAACAAAUAUUAAUUAUGUUAGUGAUUUGAACAAAUAAAUAGCGUUCGUUAGUUAGGCAAUCCUGCAGUCUCCUUAGGAAGAAGAGCAAUAUGAAUUGUAGAGAGGAUCCGAAUAAUUUAGACACUCUGAAUAAUAUUCAGAUUAUUAUUAAAUGCAUAAUCAUUAAUAAUAAUAAAAAUAAAUACAAUAAAUCAUGAGUUAAGAGGAAGAUCAACAAUCUCCUAUUUCACAUAGAAUAAAUGAAGAAUUGACAGAAUCUAAAUUAGUAAAGUAUAGAGCAAUCGCAAAAUAAAUCUACAAUUUCAACUUAGAACUCAGAGAAUUACAAGUUAAGGUUAAAGAAGACUACAAGUAGAUUUUUUCCGAUUAAAUCUAAUAAACCGCCUAAUAUUUUGAUACAUUAAUUGAUAAAUAUUAAGACAAAAAAUAAGAAUUACAAUAAAAAGAAAAUUAAGAAUUAUAAUAAUUUUAUUAAACUGAAUCAGUAGUUAAAGAUGACACCAAACUCAAUUAGCUUUUAACUUAAUAUUUAAAUAAGAUAAAGGAUUAUUUUAUAAGUGUAAAUUUAGAAGUGAAAGGAGUGAAAGAAUAAAUAUUAAAAUUCGUGGAAAAUUAAUUUCAUGCAUUUUCUGAGGCUGCUUAAAAGUUACUUCUCUCAUAAUCUAAAAUAACGAGCACAGAAAAAAAUAAACAAAUAGAAUAGUUAAAAAAGAAUCAUUAAAUAGAAAUAAAGUAAAAAGAAUAAGAAAUAAUAGAUUUAAAUAAAAAAUUGAACGAAGCAUAAGAGUAUCUAAACCUUACUGCUUUUAAUGAUAACAAUAUCUGCUCAAAGAUUACAUAAAUAAAUAGACUUUUAGAAUAAACAUCCUAAAGUAUUAACUAAACUACCUAGAAAUUGGAUUACAAUAAUCUAGAGGAAAUGAUAUCAUAAAUCAGACAAAUUAAUCAAACUUUUACAGGAGAAACCUAAGAUGAUAUCAAGAAUUUGAAAACCGAAUUGAAUAAAAGAGAUGAGAAAAUAUAAUAAUUAGAAGCAUAAAAAUAACAAUAUGAAAAUCAAAUAAAAAAUAAUAAUCAUUCGGCUAUUUUAGAGAAAAAGAUUGAAGAUAUUUAAUCUAAAUACAAUUAAUAAUUCAAUCAAACCGAUCAAAUUUACUAGAAAACUACUAAAAUAGAAGAAAUACGAGAAGAAUUGCGAGCACUCAAUUCUUAUAUUCAAGGUGAAUAAGAUAAAUUAAAAAAUAAGUAUGAAGAAGAAAAAAAGAAAGCAAUUUAGACUUGGCUUGAAGGAUCUUUUAAAUUGUAGGAUCGAUCUCUCUUAUAUAUACAAUUGGGUCUUAAAAUAUUUCAAUAAUAUUACAAUUCUCAUAAUUAGAAUGGCCAAAAAAUAAAAUCGUAAACAGAUAAACUCAUUAAAUUUCAUGAAAACUACCAAAAGAAAGAAUACUUCAAAUUAACAGAUCUACAAUAAAUUUAAUAAUUUUAUACAAAUUAAGAAAAGGAACUUAAGGCAUUAUUUGAUGAUUCUUUCAAUGAAUAUAAAAAUUUCAUAGCUGAAAUAACAAAGAGAAGGUAUUAAUGA